GGCCACCCCUGCCACCCCCCCGGGUGUCCCCAACGGUGUCGCCGAGCCCCCCGAGCCCCCCAGCAUUGAGGAGGCUCUGCAGAUCAUCCACAGCUCCGAGCGCCUCCUCCCCGACGGAGCCCCCGACGCUUUUUUCCUCCACUCCCCGGAGCCUCCCCCUCCUCAAAAUCCUCUUGGGAACCCCCAAAAUCUUUCUGGGAACUCUUCAAAUCUUUCUGGGAAUUCUCAAAAUCCUCCUGGGACCCCCCAAAAUCCUCCCCAAAAUCCUCUCCAAAAUCCAACCCGCCCCAUGACCAGCUUUGCCGAGCGUAAAAAGAAACUGGAGGAAGCCACCAGUGGCGCCCCAGCAAAUCCUCCUGGGGGUCUCGGCGUUAAUUUGGGGGGGGUCUCCACCACUCCUGGGGGUCCCCCAGAAGCGGGCGGGGGUCUCAGCGCCGAGAUGUCGCAGCUGGGAGCUCGUUUGGAGGAGAAACGCCGCGCCAUCGAGGCUCAAAAAAAACGAAUCGAGGCCAUUUUCGCCAAGCACCGCCAGCGCCUGGGGCAAAACGCUUUGCAGCGCCUCCGCCACGAUGAGGAGGGGGCUUCUCCCGCCCCUCCCGAGGAGGAAUUGAGUCUGGGGGCUUCUCAAAAACCUCCUCAAGCCCCUCCCGGGCAGUACGAAGCAGCCGUGGCCAGGCUGAGCGCGGCGCUGAGCUCGCUGCAGCUGGACAUGCAACGCUUGACGCAGCAACAGGAGCGGCUCCUGCUGGAGCAGAGACCCCACGGAGCCCCCCAAGCUUGGGUGAUCCCCCUCCCCAAAUCCGCCAAGACCCCCUCGGCACCCCCAAAAAACACCCCGGGCUCUCCAGCGCCCGCCCGCAGAGGAGGAGGAGGAGGAGGAGGAGGAAGCAACAACAACAACGCGGGAAAUUCCACACCAGCACCAGCGGGAGGAGGAGCCGCCGCUUCUGUCGCGAUAUCAGCGGGCGGAGUCGCGACUGGGGGGUCUCGGAAGCCCCCUCCCCGCAGCCCGAGGAGACCCCGGCCCGCGGAGCUGCGGCUGCCGCCCCUGACGCGGGUGCUGACCCCUCCCCACGACGUGGACACGCUGCCGCACCUGCGGCGCUUCUCGCCCAGCCAGGUGCCCGUGCAGACCCGCAGCUCGCUGCGCUUCGCCGACGGCCAGGAGGAGCGGGACGAGGACGAGGAGAGACCCCCGCCCGCCCCGGUGCCCCCCGAGUCCCCCCCGGUGCCCGGCAAGGGGACCCUGCGUGCCAGGGCCUGCGGGGAUGGCACCAGCGACGUGUCCCUGUCCCCUGGGGACAAGGGGACAGCCGGGGGACACCGGGACGAGGACGAGGAGGACGAGGAGGAGGAGGACGAGGAGGAGGAGGAGGAAGGAGAAGGGGACUCGCUGGAGGGGUCCCCCACUGAGGGGGGCAGCGGGGGGACCCGCGCCAGCGUCGGCUUCUUCUGUAAGCUGGAUGACACCGACCCCUCCCCCCCCCGCCGCGAUUUCACCCGCCUGGAGUACGAGCGGCGGCAGCAGCUGAAGCUGAUGGAGGAGCUGGAGAAGGUCCUGAGACCCCCCCGCGGGACCCCCGCCCCAAAAUCUGCCGCUGGGGGAGGGGGGGGCAACGCCCGGGGAGCCCCCCGAGACCCCCACCCCCAAAUUAGGGGAGGGGGCUCGGGGAGAGCUCGGCCCCGCUGCUGCGACGACUCCGCCCUGGGGAGGAGCCCCCCCAAAGGGCUGCUGG